AGUUCCUUCUCGACGAUGAACUGGCGGCCGCCCCUCCCUCUUCUUCACCAAAUCUUCCCCAGAUCUGCUAUUUUGAUCAUCAAAACGAGGAGAUCGGAGCAUCCCCAAGUUGCUUGAGGAUGUUUGAGCCGGAUAAGUAUCCCGGCCUUGAUGAUUAUUACGAGGAGAAGCAUCGUGCUGUGCUAGUGGAAAGAGGGGAGGUUCCUCCAGUACUUCGUUUGAGAGGCCACAACCCACGUGAGUCCUUGAGGUAUGACCGUCGCUACGAGCCUUAUUUUAGAAGAAUGGAUCUUCUCCAGUUUGUGCUCAACUUUAAAGGCACACCACCAUGGCUGAACUCGACGGCCAUUACCGCCCUUACGGACCGUUGGAGACCGGAGACACACUCUUUUCACCUUGCUCUUGGUGAGAUGACCGUUACUUUGGAGGAUAUUGCGAUGAUCUCCGGUCUUCCGAUCGAGGGCAGGGCUCUUACCGGGAAGGUGAGGUCUGAGGGGUGGCGACAAAGGGUUGCAGGUUUGGUUGGUGUUGAACCUCCCCCGUGGAUUCAUGAAACAAAGAAGGAUCCUAGGCCAUCUGGUGUUUUGUUCUCGUGGCUACAAGAACAUUUUUAUGAGUGCCCAGAGAAUGCCAGUCCGGUUGUUGUAGAGAGGUACGCCAGGGCUUACUUAUGGAAUCUUUUGACCCAAGUGGUGUUUCCUGACGGCACGGGAGACACAGCCUUGUGGAUGUUCUUGGACCCUCUUCGUAACUGGGAUGUCAAGUGGAGUUGGGGGUUAGCGGCACUAGCCUUCUUGUACCGUCAGUUGGACGAAGCAUGUAUGAGGAGUAAGCCGAAAUCUUGUCUUGGUGGUUUUGUUUGGGCCCUACAGAUUUGGAUGUGGGAGCGUAUCCCUGUGGGCCGUAACUUUACCAUUGCUCCGGAAGAACCUUGGGAGUGGCCUUUUGACGGGGAUGAGGAGCGAUAUCCCACUAUCGCAUACACUUGGGCUAAUGUUCAAGUGUCGAGUAUCGCCGCCAUGGGGCGGUAUAAGGCAUACAUAAGCGAGCUUGACAUGCUUACUUACAACCAGGUUAAUUGGAGGCCGUACAUGGUACUUAGGCAGUUCCCUUUGAGCAAUAUGUGCCUUCGUGACCAACAUCUUUGACGUGUGCGUUGCCCCAUGAUAUGUUUUUUUACGGUGGAGUGGCAUCUUCCACAUCGUGUUUCGAAACAAUUUGGAGUACAACAACGCACCCCGCCGGAGUAUGUUGAGACAAGUGUGGUGCUACAUAGAUGAGAGUUUCUUGUACUA